CACCCCCCCCCACCCCCGAAAUACGCCAAUGAUUAUUUUGAACGUUAUGAUAGACAAGAGUGUAACAGGUAAUGUUUUAGUCACCGAGCAAGUUUAUUGUUGUAAUAGCUUGGGGAACAGACACGACGAUGGUGAUGGGUUGAGCGAAUUGCAACGUGGAGCAGUGCGGGGAAUGAAGCAGAAAUGGAAGUGAGAAAAAGGUGAAAGAAGAGAUGGUGAAGGAGGAGGAUAAGAAGGAGGUGGACAAGGAGGCGGGACGGUUCGUGCGUGCCCCCAAGGACCCCCCCGCACCCUCCAAACCGGUGAAACAAGACCUGUAUCGGCCCCCCACUUCGGAGGAACUUAACCACCUGCGGGAAACCCAGCAGCUGUUCCACUCGGGCCUCUUGCGCAUGCAGCUGGAUGAGCUGCUGGCCGAGGUUCGGUUGCCACAGAAGAAGCGUGAGAUGAUCGACGCGUUCCUGCACGACCUCAACGGCCUCCUCGAUGGAGUGCCCCCCACUCCUCCGCAGUCCCUGUCUGAGGAGGUGUGCGUGCCGGAUCUGGAUUCGGGGGAUUCGGUGCAAGUACCGUUCCGGCCAGGACCGGGCCUACUGAAGGGCCGCUUCUGCUCGGGUCCGCCGGCGGCAGUGCGUGUGGUGGGGAGCUACCUCCUGGGCACCACCGUGCGGCCUGACGUGGCCGUUGACGUCGCCGUCACCAUGCCGACGGGAAGCCUGCAGCCCAAGGACCACCUGAACCAGCGCUACCUGCACAAGCGCGCACUCUACCUGGCUCACCUGGCCGCUCACUUGGCCGACAAGCCGGGCGUGGGCGACCUACGUUACACGCUGGCGCGCGCCGCACACACCACGCCCGUGCUCGUGGUGCGUCCGCCCGGCAAGGCAGGGAGGCAGUUCUCCGUGCGUCUCCACGUCGUUCCGCCCGAUAACUUCUUCCUCCCGAGCCGGUUCCACCCGGCGAGGAACAACGUCCGGCCCGAGUGGUUCGCGGGAAAAGCGCCACGCGAGGGCGGCAGCGACGGCGCGGCAGCCGCUGACUUCCCCUCCCUUCCUCCUUCCGUCUCAGCGGCCGCCCCCCCGACGCCGCACUACAACGCGGCCGUGCUGUCGGACCUGCUCAUGGAGCCGCACCUGCACUUCCUGUUUGGGGUGGCGGCCGAGAGCCCCGCGCUCAGGGACGCGGCGGCGCUGCUACGCGUGUGGCUCCGCCAGCGCUCGCUGCACGCGGGUCAGGGCGGGUUUGGCGGAUUCCUGGCGUCCAUGCUGCUGGCGCUGCUGCUGUCGACGCGGCGGCUGAGUCGCGCCCUGAGUAGCUACCAGCUGGUGCGCGGGGCACUGCACUUCCUGGCCGACACGGACCUGACUCAGGAGGGCGCGAGUUUCGUGCAGGAGCCUCAGGAUGGCACGCCAUCGCUCGCCGAUUUCCACGCCGCCUACGAUGUGGUGUUCGUUGACCCCACGGGCCACCUCAACCUGUGCGCCGACAUGACAGCCGCCACCUUCCACCGCGUGCAGCGGGAGGCGCGCGCGUCUCUGGCCGUGCUGGAUGCUGGGGCCCCAGACGCCUUUGAGCUGCUGUUCAUGCGGCGCGUGCCCUUCGCUCGCGCCCACGACCACCUCCUGCACGUGCGUGCCAGCCGCCUGCAGGCCGUGUGCCGCAAGCUGGCGCUGCUGCCCGCACUGCUGGACCGCGGCGGCGACUACGUGGCCACCGCCCUCCCCUCGCUCGCUCGCCUCCUGCAGCGCGGCCUCGGGGCCCGCGCCCUUGCGGUGGCCCACGCGCCCCGCGCAUCCCCGGAGUGGGAGAUCACAACCGAGCCUCCCUUGCACCGUGACCUUGGGCCUGUGACCUUUGGCCUCCUGCUGAACUCUGACCUCUACACCGGCGUCCUGGAGCGUGGACCAGCUGCCGACUCCGCACAGGCAGCGGAGUUCCGAGCGUUCUGGGGUGAGAGGUCGGAGUUGCGGCGUUUCCAGGACGGCUCGAUCUGCGAGGCAGUCCUCUGGUCAUGUGACUCGGUUGCCAAGCGACGGCUCAUUCCCGAGCAAAUUAUCAAGCACCUGCUGCACACGCAUACGGACGUGCCACCGGAGUGCGUCAGCUACGUUGGCGGGCAGGUGGAGGCGCUGAUCCAGGUCCCACACGCGCGCCCCUCCCAGCGCCGCACGGGCGAGGAGGAGCUGACGGCGGCGGUGCAGGCGUUUGACGAGCUGGGACGCUGGCUGCGCGGUCUGCAGGGGCUGCCGCUCACGGUGACGAGCGUGCAGGGCACGCAUCCCGCGCUACGCCACACCGCGGUCAUGCCGCCUGUCCCCACGACCGUGGACCCCGGCUACAGCCGCCCUUGGGAGCACGGCCCCGUCCUGACCCCCGACCCCGAGAAGCCGGCCCCCGCCUACGUCCCCGCGCUGACCGUGAUCUGCCACAUGGAGGGGAGCGGCCGAUGGCCCAAGGAGCGCGAGGGGAUUCGUCGCAUCAAGGCCGCCUUCCACAUCCGAUUGGCCGAGCUGCUGAGCCGGGAGCACCAUGUGACCUGCCAGCCAGGCCAAUCGCACGUCGACGUCUACAAGGAUGGGUUCGUGUUCCGCGUGCGCGUGGCCUACCGGCGCGAGCCCGCCAUACUCAAGGAGCAGCGGGCGCCAGACGGCGCGGUGAAGCUCCGCGACACCGAGGAGUCGCUGGCGCUCGAGAGAGAGACGGUGCACCGCCCGCUCCACGCCAGCCACAUCGCGGGGCUGCAGCAGCAGUACCCAGCAUUCAGUGCGGCGUGCCGCCUCACCGCGCGCUGGGUGGCGGCACAGCUGCUGAGUGACUACGUGCGCGAGGAGGCGGUGGAGCUGCUGGUGGCGCGCGUCUUCCUCCAGCCCGCGCCCUACAGCACGCCCAGCUGCCCGCAGGUGGCGUUCCUCCGCGUGCUCGAGCUCAUCUCCUCAUUCGACUGGGCCAACAGCGCCCUCGUCGUCAACUUUAACAACACCAUGAAGGAAGCCGACGUGACGGAGGUCGGCACGCGGCUAUCGGCGAUGCGGGCCCAGCACCCGGUGAUGUUCAUCGCGACGCCGGACGACCACCACUCGUCCAUGUGGACUCGGGGCACCCCCACAGCACAGAUCCUGCAGCGGCUAAUGGCGCUGGCGGCCGAGACGUGCAACGUCCUGGAGCGAGCGAUGAUGGAGCCAGAACCGAGCAGCGACAUCAGAAAGGUGUUCCGGCCCUCGCUGGAGGUGUUUGACGUGCUGCUGCGCCUGGCUCCGCGCCACCUGCCCCGCGCCGCCCACGCCGUGGACCGCCCCGCCGUCACGCUGCAGCGGGGGGUGCUGCUGCCCGCCAAGCCCGCCAGGGCGGCCAAGGCGGCCCCCACGUCUUGGCAGGCUCAGCACCACCACAUGCCGGCCGUGGAGUACGACCCGGCGCGCCUUUUCCUGCAGGAGCUGCAGGACGCGUUUGGGGAGCUGGCGCUGUUCUUCCACGACCCCCACGGCGGUGACGUCAUCGGGGUGGUGUGGCGCCCGGACGCCUUCGCUCCGCAGCCCUUCGCGACAUCCCACGUGGCGGCCCGCCGGCCGCACGGCCAGAACAGCGUCGCAGGCGGCGAGCGGAAGGCCGCCGCCGCGGCCACAGCGCUCGUGCCCAACGUCCCCGCGGUGCUGGGCGACAUGGCCGUGCUGGGGCAGGGCCUCGUGCUCAAGGUGGAGCCGCGCACGGAGCGCUGGGGCCACAUCGAGUGACAGUGGCGGGCGGCACAGACGCGGUGGCGGCGACGCCGAAUGGCAUCGGCGGGGGUUUCACUCACGGUUGAAUUUUCAGCAUCCGGAACAUCACGUCCAGUAUAUUCCCCUAACUAUGCCUGUGGUGGCUGCGAGUCAUGUGCCACCUACUCCAGUCUAUACCAGCGACCCGGAAAAUAUUCAGUGAGAGAUUAAACCCAGGUUUGACUCCCAUAUCUGCCCAGCGCUCUCUGAGAGGCAUUGCCACAGUGCAUUAAAACCACCCACGAUCAGUCCACUGCUGGAUGAAGGCCAAGCCACCGAUUCUCUCGGAGUCUUGUGAUGAGCGGAUUUUAUUGUUCCAUCUCUGCAGAGGGAAUCCUAUCUGGCACAUUCCAUCCAUUGACUCAAUGCCCUACAAGGCGUUUAACGGGCCUGUGAUGUCGUUUGUAAGAGGGAAGCCAUUGUGUCAUUGACCUAACGACUGCAGGUCGCUAUUUCUUGUACAAGAUAACAAAAAAGAUAUAUAACCGUGAUUGCGUGGCUCCGUUUGUAUCUGUGGAGGGAGAUGGACGGAUCUGCUGCCUGGGCUUUCGCCCGGUUAAAUAAAGGCUAUUCUAUUCGA